UCAAGAUCUCAGUGCUCGCCUGCUGUGUAGUAAUUGCUCUCUCUCUCUGUGAUCCUGAAAUUCUCGUUAUCUUGCACGAGUCAAAAUGCCUACAGAACUGGAAGAGCUCGUGGGGUUCAUCGCCAACCCGAACCCCCAGAUUCGCAAACUGGCCACGGAGAAUCUGGUGCCUUACUCAAUUUCGCAACCCUCAAUAUUCAAGGCAGACGAGCUUCUUCCUGUCAAGCAUCUAAAAUUCCUCAUCCGAGAUCACCCAGCAAUCGCAGAACAUGCCUUGACAAUGCUCAUCAAUCUGACGGCGGAUUCAGCCAUCCUCGAAUAUGUAGCUGCUGACGACAGAUUUAUCGGCAUCCUUCUCGGGCUCUUGGUUGACCCGGCGGAACCGAAUGCCAACCUGUUGGCGAUGCUGCUCGCAAAUCUGACAAAGUGGGAAGGGAUGAAGAGCAUCUUAGAUCGCAAGCAGGACCCGCCGGAUACUCUAAAGUCGGACCAGCUUGUGCUCAACCAGCUUCUCGACCUCUUCGUCAAGGGCAACGACGGGUCGUACAACAAACACGCCGACUUCGACUACCUCGCCUAUGUCUUUGCGGACCUCUCCAAGCACGCCGACGUACGGCAGUUUUUUAUUAACGCACAAGACUACGACGGCGUCAUCCCUCUGAACAAGAUCAAGGUGUUCACGGAACACAAGUCGGACAUCAGGAGGAAAGGCGUGGCCAGUACGAUCAAAAACGUGGCGUUCGACGUACCGGCGCACGCUGCAUUCCUCGACGAGGACAAAGUCAACAUCCUGCCCUAUAUCUUGCUGCCCAUCACCGGGAAUGAGGAGUACGACGAAGAAGAGAUGAUGGGGAUGCUGCCGGACCUGCAGCUCCUGCCUCCCGACAAGCGGAGAGAUCCGGACCACAGCAUUGUGCAAACGCACGUCGAGACAUUGACGCUUCUCACAACCACCAGGGCGGGCCGAGAGUUGAUGAGGAGCGUCAACGUAUACCCAAUCAUUCGGGAGACACAUCUACGUGUUGACGACGAGGGCGUCCGCGAGGCCUGCGAGCGGCUGGUCCAAGUGCUGAUGAGGGACGAAGCUGAACCUGGGGCACAGCCGGAUGCAGAAGCGGAGGACGAGGAUAACAGGAUAGUGGAGAUUUAAAUACGGCACUCGGAAGGGUAAGGUCAAUCUAAGCUGCAGAUGUCGCCAUAACUACUGUGAACUGUGCACUACGGCCAGACGCCCAACACCCUGCUUUGCACCAUGCAGCCGGCACAGUUUCGGUAAGGACUCGCGUGCUCGCUUCCCGCAGAUGGACAAGAGCGCU